AGUGAUAGACACACAAAUUUAAUCUUUAACAAAAGAUGGAAAAUUUUGAGAUCCACUUGCAUCACCUACUAUUGCUUUGCUUUCCAACUACGCCCCUUGCUUUCCUCUCUUGGAUACCCCGUCGCCGACUUUCCCUAUUCUAAUGCUCAUAUCUUCUUUCAAUCAAACAAAAUGAAUCCAAUCUGAGAACUGAUGCAAGAUCAAACCAAAACAAGUAAAAGAGGCCAUGAUUGAAUUCACAUGAAAAAUGGGUUCUAUCACCAACACAAAUCCACUACUAGCACCACCAAAUCCACCUUUCAAGGAUUGUUCUCAAGGAGUCUGCAGUCUCUAUUGCCCACAGUGGUGCUACAUCAUCUACCCUCCUCCACCUCCUUCAAUCACACUCGGCGACGAUGACCCAGAUGGCGGAGACUCCUCCGCCUUCGAAUUCUCACCUCUGGUCGUCGCCGUCAUCGGAAUCCUCGCCAGCACUUUCAUCUUAGUCACCUACUAUUCCAUCAUCUCACGGUUCUGCAGGCGCAGACGAGGAAACCCCACUGACGCAUUUUCACAAACAGAUCAUGGGCAUGGCGGUGACGCCGACGCGGGUCAUCUUCCUUCUUCAUCUUCUGGGUUAGAUGAAUCUCUCAUCAAAUCCAUCACUGUUUUCAAGUACAGUAAAGGUAAUAAUGGGUUGGUGGUGGAGGGUAGUGAUUGUUCUGUUUGUUUGAGCGAGUUUCAGGAGAAUGAGAGUUUGAGAUUGUUGCCGAAAUGCAACCACGCUUUUCAUCUUCCUUGUAUUGAUCCGUGGUUGAAAUCGCAUUCGAGUUGUCCUCUUUGCCGGUCCAAUAUCGCCCCUGUUAUCACAUCGAUGGAGGCGCCGGCGAGUGUCACUAUCAAUGCCUCGGAACACCAGCUGAGGAACAAUGAUGUUGUUGUGAUUAUUCAGAGUUCUGAGCUGAUUAGGACACAGCAACAAGAAGUGGUUGUUGAUUUUGGUGGUGAUGUUGUACCAAAGGUGUCAGUGGAAGAUGGUCAUGGUGGAGUGAAUGUGGAGCAUUGUUGUAAUAGUCAAAGAAGGAGGGUGUCUGUUGCUGACAUUUUGAGUGAAGGUGAUGAUGAUAUUGAGUUGCAGAAGGUGGGAUCUGAUAUUAUAGGAUCAUCAAGAGGAUGAAAUUGAAGGGAAUGGGAUAUUGGAUACUCACACAAAUCACAAGGCAUGGUAAGGGAUCUAAUCAAUUCUAUUCUUCCAAAAAUAAAUGUUAUUGUUCCAAUUCUUUGAACCAUAGAAGCUGCUGUAACAUAAUUGAGGUUCUUAAAGGCACAUAUUACUGAAUAUGAAUAUGAAUAUGAUAGAACUUUAUUUA